AUGCUCAUGGAGUACUCGGUCAAACCCUUACCGUCUGAGAAACCCGCAGCAUCGGUUAGAGACGCGCAAAUGCUGCUGAGGGAACUGUUCUCUUCUUCAAUCAAGACGCAGACUCCUUCAGAGGGACUCAUUAUCAAUCUUCCCCUCCUGGGUCAGCUAUCGAUGACCCUACCGGAGGACUUUCCUAUUGAAAGACAAAAGAGUCUCUAUUCUUCUCGGGACAUAGAUCAUCGACAGGUAGGCACUUGCCUGUCCAUGACCAGCACAGCAAGGAUUAUCCUUGUGUCGGGAAAGAGUGCGUCGGAAUCCGUCAUAUUUGACUCAUUCUUUCCCAAAGGCUCUUCACUCAGCGGCGUUGCCCAGUCGAGACUCAUAUUCCAGCUUGCGCCAAUUCACAGAGUCUUUCAUCACUCUAAGGAGAUGUCCCAGAUCGAUCCAAAUUUCUCUACAGCAGACAGUCAGUUGGAAAUCUCGCUGAAGGAUGAUGUUCUGGGCGUUGUUACUCUGGCGUUGCAGUCGAACUCGACAGGUCUCUUUACAGCUCAGCAAAAGAGCGAUAUCAAUCUGACAUUCGACGUUGAUGCCAUGGAAGUUUUCACUUAUGAGGGAGAGUUUGUCCGGGUUGACACUUUUGAAUAG